AUGGCCGGCCCACGCCCCCCAGCCUCCCGCUCCUCGCCGUGCUCCUCGCGGCCGCGCUGCCCUGCUCCCCCCCCGUGCUCCCACGGCGACCACAAGGGCGCCCACUACGGCCGCAAGCGCACCCGCAACGGCCGCCCCGCCCGCCCCUUCGCCAAGGGCCGCCCCACCGCCAACGCCGGGCGGCGCCGUCAACGCCACGCCCAAGCCCAGCACCACCGCCGCCCCGCCCCCCGAACACCCGGCCCCGCCACCGCCACCGCCGGCCCCCUCCACCCCCCCCCGGGCGUCCGCGCCCGACCGGGCCCGCGCUCCCCGCCGGCGCGAUCAACGCCGGGCGCGGCCGUCGCGCCGCUCGUCUCCGCAGCGGACCAGGCGCUGUACCUCAAGUUCCACAACGACAUCCGCGCCAACCACAAGGGCGACCCCCUCUCGUGGAACGACACGCUCUCCGCCGCGGCCCAGAAGGUCGCGGACACGUGCGUGUUCGAGCACUCGGGCGGGAAGGUCGGCCCGUUCGGGCGAGAACCUCGCGGCGGGCACGGGCAAGUACGGGAUCGAGAAGGCGAUCGUGUCGUGGACGAACGGUCAGUGAGUGCCCUAUUUUCUUUGCACGUAGGGGUGGGCGCUGAGGCGAAGGCAGAGGACUACGACCCGAAGAACCCGGUGCCGUCGCACUUCACCCAGGUCGUGUGGCGCGGGACGACGCAGGUCGGCUGUGCGCUCACCGUGUGCGCGCCCGGCACGAUCUUCGACCCCAAGUUCACGAACACCGCCGAGUACUACGUCUGCGAGUACGCCCCGCCGGGAAACAUCAUGGGCCAGUUCGACCAGAUGGUCUCCGUCUAG